AUGGAGAAAUUGCAGCAGGGAUUCGGAGGACGAGAUGGAUCUGAGCAGUUCAACGAACCCCGUUUCUCACCUGAAGCACUUCCUGGUCUCAACGAUCGUCACGUUCUGGGAGAAAUAUCCCACACCAACACGGACUCCGCCCGCCUUCCCUUCAGUGCCUCGCAUGGCCACUUUGGAGACCCCAGACGCCUCCCCAAGCCCCCAUCGACAGGCAAAGCAACAGGACACAGCGCUGCCUCCCAUGCAAGACGAAUCUCGGCAGGCUUCUCACACGGCGGACCCCUCUCCAGCAAUCCCACGGUCGCCAGUUUUGACGUCAAUGCCCUCACCGGAGCGGCUGCUCGAAACGAUGAGAAUCAGCCGCCUUUGUCAAAGUCCGGAGAAGUCACAUUCACCUCUUCGUCGGAAAGCAGCCCGUCGCUUGCUCCUAGCUCAGGAAUCCAAUCCAAAUUCAACUCCCGUCCUUCCAGCCGCGUAGAGAAGAAACGCAUCCCAAAGUCACGGACUAUGACCGUCUUAUCCAACCUCACGGCAUCUCUUUCAAGGACGUCACUCACGAGCUUCACAAGUGACCGCAAGGCAUCUACUAGCAGAUCGGUUUCCUCGCGCAAAGUCAGUGGCUCAUCAACUAGCACACUUAGCACCACGGACACAUCCCGAGUCCCCACGCCCAUGAGCGCUGAGGUCAACCCUCUCAUCAUCAAUACUGCCCAGUCAUCCCAGUACUGGGCAGGUCGCUUUCAGUCUCUCCACGAUCGCUUCCACAACGAGGAUCUCCAGCCUCACUCUCUUGGAACCCUUGUUUCCGCCCACGCCUCAAGAUCAACUGUUGUCCGCGACCAGCGAGCGGCUUACCAAAGCCGCGGCAAUCUCCCUCUCAGCACGACUACCGCAUUGGACCGCUACAGUACUACAGCUGUCAGCAGAGAGACCAAGGUUCUCGACGAGGAGGACAACCGCUGUCUGCGCGUCUUCUUGCAUCUCGACUCGCUCUGUGCCACACCCGAGGCGCAGAAGAGCCUGCAUGCCUGGCAGGAGAUCUACGCGCGCCGCAACAACCGCGUGGCACUUCUGCCUCACGGCGCGAGCAUGGACAAGGGGUUCGUGGCGAGGAUUUUCGGCGGCGGACGACGCAGCAUGGGCGCCCCUCGCCCUGAGAAGCAGGUGAUCGAGGGAAAAUACCGCACUGGCAAGCGUGUCAGUAUGCUUUGA